UUACCCAACUAACUGGCAUAGUAACUGUAUCAACGGCACCAUGAAAUUCAGUUUAAGCAUUUUGGUACUUUUGGCCUUGUUGGCUACAUUAACCAAUGCACAGACAACGACUGUUGCUGGCGCUACAACCACUGAUCCGUCCGCAACCACAACAGUAGCAGUUUCGACAACUGAUUCUGCCACAACCACAACAGCAGCAGCGACAACAACCACUGUAUCUGCUACUACGACUGCAGCCACUACUGUUGCUCCAGGCGCAUCCACAACCAUAUCAUCGGAUGUAACGACUAAACCUUCUAAAACAGAUUGUCAUCAACAUGGACACAGAGGUCACAGACACGGACAUAGAGGUGGUCGCGGUGAUAGAGGCGGCAGAGGUGGUAGAGGAGGACGCGGCGGUCGCGGUGGACGUGGUGGGCGUGGCGGAAGAGGUGGCCGUGGUGGUCGCGGUGGUAGAGGAGGACGCGGUGGAAGCAGAGGUGGACGCAGAGGAGGCAGAGGAAAUAGAGGAGGACGCGGAGGACGCGGAGGAAACAGAGGUGGACGCAGGGGCCGUAAUUAA